GCUCUCUCGUGCAAAUCACAUACAUAGAGUGUGCGAGGGGCAUGUUCCGAGCGGUCACUCUUUCUCUCACCCUACUCUUACAAGAUGGCCGUCUUUGUUGUGAUACUCGUGGGCUCGUCACCCUCGCCAAACGGCCACCCGAAGAAGACAGGACGAGCCGGGAUUCCGGCAGCGUCGCAUAAUCACCUCUGAUUGCACCAUCCAGGGAUGCGGGCCAGCAAGUACUUGCCGGGCCCUUGGGCCUUCUGGGGGGUCUCGAUAUGCGAAUACCCACGCCUUCCCUUCCCGACGUCUGCAGCAGAGUGGCGACAUCACACGUGUCGGUUUUUAUGACGCGUGUCCUGCCUCGAGGACCGCGUGUAGGCUAGCCUGCCGUAGGGUCUAAAAAGUGUGCGAGGGAGCCCCAAGGGACUUGACUGCGACCCUGCUACCAUCCGACUGCAGUGCUGACCUCAUGGCUGCUCCCCAAGUCCACGACACCGACGUCCACAAGCGAGGGGAAGACCAAGCAGGCCCGUCAUCGUCGCCUCCGCCUUCGUCGCUGCCAAUCUACCACGAACAGUUCGCAAGGGAGGAUGAUGAUUUCGUGCUGGAGUCGCUGGAGGGCACGCUCUACCGGGUGAAUUCGUACACCCUCCGCACAACGUGCGGGCUAUUCCGGACAAUGCUGUCGCUCCCCUGCCCACCAGACCCCUCACAAGACCCCUCCCAACGCACCACAUCCACACCCACAUCCACGCCCACGCACCCUCCGCUCGCCAUCCACCAACCAGACGCAGUCCUCGUCCCCCUGCUCUGCCUCAUGUCCGGCCUGCCGGAACCGGCCCUCCCCACGCUCGCCGACAUCGCCGCCGUGCUCCACCUCGCGGAGAUCUGGGACGCCCCGGGGCCCAUCGCGUUCCUCCGCCCCGCGGUGUGCACGCCCGCGUUCCUCGCGUCGGACCCGCUGCGCGUGUACGCGCUCGCGGCGCACUUUGGCUGGCGCGCGGAGGCGCAGGCCGCGUCGACGCACACGCUGCGCCUCAACCUGCUCAACCCGUCGUCGCCGGACGCGCUCGCGGACACGGACAUCCCCGGGUGCGCGCUGCUGCCGCUGCUCGCGCUGCACCGCACGCGGCGCGACACGCUGCGUGCGCUGCUGGACAGCCCGGAGCGGUUCCUUGCGGGGAACGGGUCGCCGUUCUUCUGUGCGACGUGCGCGACGACGCCGCUCGACAACCGCAGCUGGCGGGAGCUCAAGGCGCGCGUGUUCAAGGAGAUGGAGGCGCGCCCGUUGGGCGAUAUGCUGGGCGUGCCGGUGGGCGGGAUGGCUGCGUGGGAAGAGAGCAAGGCCUGCUGGGCGGCGGUGUGCACGAAAGCUGAUUGCUCAGCUGCGAAUUACGAUCGCGUCGCGACGCUCCGGCAGAUGAGGUCAUGCGUGGAUUCAUUGCCGUGUCAGGUAGAGGUCGAUUGGUUGGCUGAGGAUAUCUGAGUCUGUCUAACCUAUUUCACUGCUUUGGACCUAGGCAGCGAAGGCAAAAAGGGUGUUUGAUGAUCAAGUUGUGCAUGCACAAUCGAUUGUACCGUUCCAGGUUGCAGUUGAAGGCUUCCUGUGGUGCCCGGAGACACCCGAAAAGCACCCAAGGACUGGGUUGACAUAAGUAAUGGUCACUUGGGUGUCGUAUACAGUACUUCUUUAACAGAUGCUUGCUUACAAAUCACAGCCAAAUUUCCUGACAAGCGACUCUCAGUCACGCGGUUUGUUCACCGCCAAGGGAAUGCGUAGUUCAACU